UGGAGUUGGUGGAGCGAUGUGCAGAGUGCUUGGCGCCCAAGCCUCGGCUCCAGCCACACAUCGUCAUCUCUCCGGAUCACAAGACCAACUUCGCCUCACCAUCCCCAACUCCACACCAGCUAUCUCAACCUAUCACCUAUCUUUCUCCACCAGUCCAAAAACCUCACACCAACACAAACACUCACCUUUAUCACACCAUCGUCGCUACAAUGAAGCUCAGCACCUUUCUCCUUGCUGCCGUCAGCGCCGCGUCUGCUAGCGCCAACCUGCUCAGCGACUUCACUGGCGCAUCGCAGCAGGUUGCUAUCACCGAAGACCUCAAGGUCCCGGGCAGCAACCCGCUAGCCUUCUGCCAGGACCCGGCCGACAACAUUCUUACCAUCGAAGAGGUCGACCUUUCGCCCAACCCGCCCGAAGCUGGCAAGACUCUCUCUAUCGAAGCGACUGGCACGUUACACAAGGACAUUGAGGAGGGUGCCAAGGUCAGGCUGCAGGUCAAGUACGGCCUGAUCACUUUGAUCAAGCAGGAGGCGCCGCUGUGCGAAUACGUUAAGGAAGUCAACCUUGAGUGCCCGCUCAAGAAGGGUGACCUCAAGUUGACUAAGGACGUCGAUCUGCCCAAGCAGAUCCCUCCUGGAAAGUACACUGUCCUGGCUGACGUCCUGACCAAGGACGAGGUCAAGAUUACCUGCCUUACUGCUACCGUCAUGUUCCACAGGUAAUGGACAAUUCGCGUUAUCCGAUGCAGCGUUUUUGAAUGUGGUCUUUGAGGACUCGUCUUUUGCGCUAUCAUGCGUUCUUGUGACCGGCACGUUUCACUGGAGUGAGAGGCUGGACUGGAGAUGAAUAGGAGGUUCCGAGCAUGAGCAUAGUGGCGAGACUGUUUCAAUUCGGGGUGUUGGACGCCUUGUGGAUGGAAUACUUUUCCGAAACCGAUACCAGACAGGCGUUAGAUUACUAGCAGGGUGCUUGGGGUAAUGACGAUAUAAC